GGAGCAUCUUAAACGACACACGUCCAUGUAUUCUACCUCACCUACCUACAUAUCAUAUAGAAUUUCACUGAGAUGGACGAUAGUCACCAUAAUAAAGACGCAGAACAAUUCCCCUGCCCGUUCUGUAGUAAAUCUUUCAACCGACGAGACAACUGGCGACAGCAUUUGUCCCGACAUACAAAGUCCAACGGAGGCCGGAAGAUGAGGCUAAAGUACCAUCCCGAAGCUAAGAAAAUGUACGAAAAAGAGAAGCAACAGCGACGAAGCCGCCGGCGUGCCAUGAAUGAAGAGCAAAUAGAUGCGCGACCCUAUUGGUCAACGUAGCUGCUACAUAUAUAUAUUACGCUUUGGAAAUGCGCCUGUAGUAUAAUUGAUUAAUAAUGAUGGAUGGCAACUUGCAUGCAUGGAUCUCCUGUCAUGUGAAUAGAUCUCCCCUCGGGGCGAGUGAACCACCCCCGCCCUGAUG